AUGGAUUUAGAUACAGACGUGCCAAUGGAAGACGUUGAGGAACAGCAACAGCAACAAGAACAAUCUCUUUCGAAACAAUCGGCUACAAAAUCAUUGACCAAUCCUCAAGGCACUGGUGCCACUGCAACUUCAUCAGCACAACAACAAAGAAAAGAUCUAGACGGAUCAUCAAUCAAUCAAUUAGAUGUGUGGAUUGAAAAAUUGUCAAAGUGUGAGCCACUUUCCGAAACCGACGUCAAGAAAUUAUGUGAUAUGGCAGUUGAAGUGUUACAAUUUGAAGAAAAUGUUCAACCAGUACAAGUGCCAGUGACAAUAUGUGGUGAUGUUCAUGGUCAAUUUCAUGAUUUGAUGGAGUUGUUCAAAAUCGGUGGACCUUGUCCGGACACCAACUAUUUGUUUAUGGGAGAUUACGUUGAUCGUGGAUAUUAUUCAGUUGAAACUGUAUCAUACUUGGUUUGUAUGAAAGUAAGAUUCCCUAACAGAAUCACUAUUUUGAGAGGGAACCACGAAUCUAGACAGAUCACACAAGUUUACGGGUUUUACGACGAAUGUUUAAGAAAAUACGGAUCAGCCACUGUUUGGAAGUUGUUUACUGAUUUAUUUGAUUACUUCCCAAUAACUGCAUUAGUUGAUAAUAAAGUGUUUUGUUUGCAUGGCGGGUUAUCCCCAAUGAUUGAAACUAUUGAUCAAGUGAGAGAAUUGAACAGAAUUCAAGAAGUUCCCCACGAAGGGCCAAUGUGUGAUUUGUUGUGGUCUGAUCCAGAUGAUAGAGGUGGCUGGGGUAUUUCUCCAAGAGGAGCUGGUUUUACUUUUGGUCAAGACAUUUCCGAGCAAUUCAACCAUACUAAUGAUUUAAGUCUUAUUGCUAGAGCCCAUCAAUUGGUGAUGGAAGGGUUCAGUUGGUCUCAUCAAGAAAAUGUUGUCACGAUAUUUUCAGCUCCAAACUAUUGUUAUAGAUGUGGUAAUCAAGCUGCAAUCAUGGAAGUUGAUGAACAACAUAAUAGACAAUUUUUACAAUAUGACCCAAGCGUUAGACCAGGAGAACCUACAGUAACAAGGAAGACUCCUGAUUAUUUCUUAUGA